GUGGUUCCGUUUUUCUCAUCGAGUAGUCAAUCUUUGGAACGCCUUACCCGAACAAGUGGUAUCAGCCCCAUCAGUGAAUACUUUUAAGGAAAAGCUGGACCUUCACUGAAAAGCAAUGUGUCAGGAUUAAUACAGGUUCACCCACCUACUAUCCUUAUUACUGAAGACUGAAGACUGUUUGAUUGACUUCAAGUGUUGAGCGGUUGGUCGAAUGUGGUUAUUUGUGGGGAAUGUAUGUGGUGUUUCUUAGUUUGUGUGAUCGCUCAGAUAUCGGAUAUCAGUAACUCAGCUGCUGGCAGGUCACAGAAAAGUAACAAAGAUGCCUAGUGUGACUACAACAAGUACUGUCAGUUCAUCAGGAGUUCGUUUAAUGCGUAAAACUUCAUGUACUGGUACCAACGAUCAAGCUAAUAAUUCAUCGUUUCAACACAAUCCUGACAGAAAAUCACUAAGAGAUCAACCAAAUGUAGGGAAAUAUAAGUUAAUUCGUACACUUGGUCGUGGUAAUUUUGCAAAAGUCAAAUUAGCACAACAUGUUUCAACUGGACGUGAAGUUGCUGUGAAGGUGAUCGAUAAAACUCAGCUUAAUCAGGCCAGUUUGAAGAAGCUAUUCCGAGAAGUGAAUAUAAUGAAAAUGUUAAAUCAUCCAAACAUCGGUAGAAAUGAGAAAGGCAAUGUAGGAUCACUGUUCUACUGAUAUAAUGUCGUUUCUAACUGGUCUAACAAUUACAGUUAUUUUCUGUGUUUCUGUGUGAAAUUUUCAGUCUAAUUUAUAAUCUAUACUUUUUAUAUUGUG